CACAUGAUAAGAGCGGGAAGUUGCCCAGUGUUGUCCAUGUUUGUGUUCUGGACGGGAAGAAAGACGCCAGGUGUCUCGACAGCUGACCGAGAGAGAGUGUGUUCUACUUGUGUCCAGACGUCCGUUGUUUAAAGCAGGAAGUGCGGGAGAGUGUGCGGGAUGAAGGCGUUUUUGCUGUGUUUGGUGGUGGUGUGCUGCUUUGGCGGCUCUUUGGGUGACACUCCAGCUAACUGUACUUAUGAAGAGCUGCUGGGAAGCUGGGUAUUCCAGAUCUCUACUGUGGGACAGGAUAAAAGCAUUGACUGCUCCACUGCUGGUCCGACAGUGAAAUCCGUGACUGUGCAUUUACAGAAAUUAUCUCAGGCUGUUGAUGAUCUUGGAAAUACCGGCUUCUUCACCAUCAUCUACAACCAGGGCUUCGAGGUGGUGCUCAACGAUUACAAAUGGUUCGCCUUCUUCAAGUAUUCCCAGGAGGGCUCUGUGGUCAAGAGUUACUGUGAUCAGACACUUCCUGGUUGGGUUCAUGACGUUCUGGGGAACAACUGGGCCUGUUUCACUGGGAAGAAAGUUCAACCUGUGGCUCCUAAAACCUACUACAUCCCUGCACCUGCCCCGUUCCUGCAGCUUUAUAAGCACGAUCUGAGCUUCGUGGAGCGCGUUAACUUGGUACAGAGCUCAUGGAAAGCCACGACCUACAGAGAACACGAGAUGUUCACCAUCCAGGAGCUAACACGGAGAGCCGGAGGCCGCAGAUCCCACUUCCCCCGACGCGUAAACUCCGCCCCCGUCACCCCAGAGCUUCGCAAGAUGGCCGCCGGUCUUCCAGAGCAGUGGGACUGGAGGAAUGUGAAUGGAGUCAAUUACGUCAGUCCAGUACGCAAUCAAGCGUCGUGUGGUAGCUGCUACUCGUUUGCCACGAUGGGGAUGCUGGAGUCACGGAUCAGAGUCCAGACCAACAACACUCAGCAGCCGAUCUUCAGCCCUCAGCAGGUCGUCUCCUGCUCACAGUAUUCCCAAGGAUGCGACGGCGGUUUCCCGUACCUGAUCGGAAAAUAUGUUCAGGACUUCGGCGUCGUCGAGGAGAAGUGCUUCCCUUACACCGCCAAAGAUUCUCCCUGCUCCGUCUCGGCCGACUGUCCUCGCAACUACGUUUCCGACUACCACUACGUCGGCGGCUUCUACGGCGGGUGCAACGAGGCGGCCAUGAUGGCCGAGCUGGUGAGGGAUGGGCCGAUGGGCGUGGCCUUUGAGGUUUACCCCGACUUCAUUCACUACAGAGAGGGCAUCUACCAUCACACGGGUCUGCGUGACUCCAUCAACCCUUUCGAGCUGACCAAUCACGCAGUGCUGCUGGUGGGCUAUGGGCGGAGCCAGGAGACAGGCGAGAAGUACUGGAUCGUGAAGAACAGCUGGGGAACCGGUUGGGGCGAAGACGGCUACUUCCGCAUCCGGCGCGGGACCGACGAGUGCGCUAUAGAGAGCAUCGCCGUGGCAGCCAAACCAGUCACUCAGCUGUGAGGUCACUUCCUGUUUGGUUUGGCAUCGAGGAGCAUGUGUGUGCGUGUGUAUGUCUGCCGUUUACGAUUGUGAUUGAAUACUGCAAUUCAAGAUUGUCUUUUUGGUUUUUUUUGUUUUUUAAAAAGGGAAAUUUUAAGAUAAGCUGCUGUCGCUUUAAACGUGAUCCGACUUGACUGUGUCCCAAAUCCUUCCUUUGGUUUACGACUAUAACGUGAUGAAGGCAUUUGGGAUUAUGGUCACGAGGUACAAAACGCAGUGACGUCAGCGGUUAUUUUAAAAUGUACUCUCGAUUGGUAACCAGUCAGAUUGAAAUAAUUCUAUAGUAAUUUAAUAACUAAAUUUGUUUAUAAAUCCUUUUAUUCAGUUCAUUUCACUCUGGUGCCUUCGAUAAUCUGGACCGAUCUGCUUUAUUGGAAAGGGGAUUUAGUUUUUUUUUUUUUUUUUGGUUUUUCCCACGCUCAUUAGCUAAAGCUGCUAGCAUGUGUUCAUUGUUCAUGGCUCUGUCCCAAUCCCAUUUCAUCACUUCAGUCUAAUAACUGACCCUUGCUCCUCUAGCAGAUUUAAAAGGUGGUAUAAAGGGACGCAGUGUUUGAUUAGAAUUUUUUUCAGGUGUUGUGUACAAAUCGUUUGUCGAACACAAAACACACACGUGGCUGUAUUUCAGUUUUAAAUUCUCAUGACUACCUUGCGAUUUAAAAACGUUCGGAUGUCGAGAUUUGAUUUUUUAGAACUGAUGAAUUUUAUGCUGAUUUUUUAAAAAAAAAUUCUGUGCAAUAAAAACUGCUUUUGAAAAAUUG